CUCUCUCUCUCUCUCUCCGCGUUAUUGCGCAACGCGGUGACACGAGCGCACCGGACUCGGUUCACUUGAGCUCGGUUCCGACGGAAGCCCGGCAGAGAGUUCCGAAUCAGAUGCUGCUCGGAGCGAUGACGGACAGCCAGGUGCACGCGCAUCGCUCGUCCCCGUCUCCGCUGGUCCUGAUGCUGCGUGCGCGCGAGCAUCACCCCCGUCAGCAGCAGCAGCAGCAGCAGCAGCAGCAUCACUAAGAGACGCUCAGAAGCUCGGAUCGGAUGAAGCGAUGCCAUCCGCUGCCAGACCGUCCCCGAACCUCCUCCGAGCCGGCGAAUGAACACUCAUCCUCGGCGAAGCGCCUCACCGUCACGAGCCCUCGCGAGGACGCGGAUCCGAGGCUUUGACUCGAGAGAUCUGCGGCUUUUCUUCCACCUUCUGGAGACACUCCGGCGCUUUAAUCUGGAUAUGUUGAAAGGAACAUAAGGAUGGAUGGGAUUAUUAGUGUUUUGGGGGUCCUGACGCUCGUUUUGGAGGGCAUCUCGUGCCAGGGAGUGUAUGCGCCUCCGACGGUCCGGAUCGUUCACUCGGGUCACGCGUGUAACGUGGAGGAGGAGCGUUAUUCUGAGAGGGUUUACACCAUCCGCGAGGGAGAGACGCUCGAGCUCACCUGCCUGGUCACCGGACAUCCACGACCACAGAUUCGAUGGACCAAGACAGCAGGCAGCGUGUCGGACCGAUUCCAGGACUCCAGCGUCUUCAACGAAACCCUUCACAUCGCGAAGAUCCAGAGACAUCAGGGUGGACGCUACUACUGCAAGGCCGAGAACGGACUGGGUUCCCCGGCCAUCAAGUCCAUCAGGGUGGACGUCUACUAUCUGGACGAGCCGGUGGUGACGGUUCAUCAGAGCAUCGGUGAAGCGAAAGAACAGUUCUACUACGAGCGGACCGUAUUUCUACGCUGCGUGGCUAACUCUAACCCGCCCAUCCGCUACAGCUGGUACCGCGGCAGAGACGUUCUUUCCCAAGGCUCCGAUAAAGGGGUGGAGAUCUACGAGCCCUUCUUCACCCAGCUCCAGGGGGAGACCAAGAUCUUGAAGCUGAAGAACCUGAGACCCAAGGACUACGCCAACUACAGCUGCAUCGCCUCCAUCAGGAACGUCUGCGGCAUCACCGACCGCAAAGUCGUCUUCAGACUCACCAACAAAACCGCUCCAGCCUCCAUCAAGCUGCUGGUGGAGGACCCGAUCGUGGUGAACCCAGGUCAGACGGUGUCUCUGGUCUGCAUCACGACCGGAGGAGAGCCGGCUCCGAGCCUGGUCUGGACCAGCAGCUCCGGAUCUCUGCCGGAGAAGAGCCUGAUGAAGGAAGGGGUUCUGACCAUCCCCGCCAUCGCCUCUGAGGACGCCGGCGUCUACAGCUGCAUCGCCAGCAACAACGUGGGAAACCCGGCUAAGAAGUCCACCACCAUCAUCGUACGAGCGCUGAAGAAGGGCCGCUUCUGGAUCACUCCGGACCCGUACCACAACGACGAUAACAUCCAGAUCGGCCGUGAGGUGAAGAUCUCGUGUCAGGUGGAGGCCACUCCUCCCGAGGAGCUGCAGUUCAGCUGGCUGAAGAACGGCCGGGCGUUACGCAGCUCCGAGCGCAUGGUCAUCACUCAGACUGACCCCGACAUCUCGCCCGCAACCACCAACCUCGACAUCAUCGACCUCAAGUUCACCGACUUCGGGACCUACACCUGUGUAGCAGCGCUGAGAGGAGGAGCUAUCCCAGAGAUCAGCAUCGACGUCAACAUCUCCUCCACCACAGUCCCUCCUCUGUUCUUCUCUUUCUUAGUUCCUCCGAACCUGACCGUGCCGCGGGGCAAGUCUCCUCUGGCGGCGCGGGAGGGCGAGACGGUGGAGCUGGAGUGCCUUGUUUCAGGGAAACCCAAGCCCAUCAUCCUGUGGUCCCGGGCGGAUAAAGAGGCGCCGAUGCCGGACGGAAGCAUGCAGACGGAGAGCUACGACGGCGUCCUGCGCAUCGUCAACGUGUCGCGAGAGAUGAGCGGGUCGUACCGGUGCCAGACCAGCCAGUUCAACGGAUUCAACGUCAAGCCCCGAGAGGCUGUGAUCGAGCUCAUCGUGCGCUAUCCUCCGGCGGUGGAGCCGGUGUGGCAGGAGGUGCGGCAGGGUUUGGGUCGGCCGGUGUCCAUGAACUGCCGUGUUCUGCGCGCUCAUCCGUCGCGAGUGCUGCGCUACGAGUGGAGGCUGGGCUCGCGACUGCUGCACGCCGGCACCUUCGACUCGCGCGACGACACCGACUACAGCGUGCGCAACCUGGCGCGAGAGGGCUACGGCGAGUACACCUGCGACGUCAUCAACGAGGUGGGCCCGGGCCGCUGCACCUUCCUGGUGACCGGUAAAGCGUAUCCUCCAGAGUUUUAUUACGACACCUAUAACCCGCUGUGGCAGAACCGUCCUCGUGUGUAUGGCUAUAAGCUGCAGUGGACACAGAUGAACCCGAGCGCCGUGGACCGGAUCAUGGCGUACCGCCUCGGCAUCAGACAGACGGGGCAGCAGCGCUGGUGGGAGCAGGAGAUCCCCGUGGAGGGGAACAUUCAGAAAGGAGAGCUGAUCACACACAACCUGACGGAGCUGAUCCGGCCCGAGGCGUACGUGGUCCGACUGACGCCCAUCACCCGCUUCGGGGAAGGAGACUCCACCACCAGAGUGGUCACGUACAGCGCUCCCAUCAAUCCUCAUCUGAGAGAGUUUCACUGCAGCUUUGAGGAGGAUCCGGUGUGUCUGUUCACUCAGGAUAAGAACGAUGACUUCGACUGGAUGAGACACAGCGCAGCGACACGAGACACUAAAUACACCCCGAACACGGGCCCCAGCGGGGACCGCAGCGGCUCCAAGCAGGGUUUCUACAUGUACAUCGAGACGUCCAGACCUCGUAAAGAUGGAGACACAGCUCGUCUCCUGAGUCCUGUGUUUAACGUUGCUCCUAAAAACCCGCACAGCAUCACGAGUCCCCCGACCUACUGCUUCAGCUUCUACUACCACAUGUACGGCAAACACAUCGGCUCUCUGAAUGCGUUCGUGAAGCAGAAAGGUCAGUCGACUUCAGACGCCGGUCCAGUCUGGUCUCUCAGCGGGAACCAAGGGGACCGAUGGAGACAGGCCAAAAUUAGCAUCCAUCCUACUGCCUCCUUCCAGGUGAUAUUCGAGGGCAUCCGGGGCCCCGGGAUCGAAGGGGACAUCGCCAUCGAUGACGUCACGCUCGAGGAGGGGGAGUGUCCCGACCCUCCGUCCAAUCCGAUCCGAGGAGCGGCGGCACCCGGCGUCUCCAGUAUAUGGCCAUUGAGCGUCACGCUGUUUUUUACCGUAAUCGUCGGCCGGAGGUGACGCUCCACGUGAGAAAAGACUCCGGACGCGUCCCUCAGUAUUUAAUCACCAAAGAUUCACGCUUUCGGAUCGCAGAGGAGGCACGGCACCGGAUCCACGCGGAAUAAAACCACUACGCGACGGAUAACGAGGCUUUCGAACGUUGACCUCAAAAGCACAACGAAUAUGGAAUCUUUAGCGACAAGCGAAACCAUGAGUUUUACACACCGUUUUUCUUUUUGUCGUCGUCGUCGUCGUUCUUUUCUGGUGCUUCGGAGUACAAUCAGCAGAACAUCUCAUCCCCCGGCCGAUCGUCUCUCUUGAUUCGUUCUGGGUUCGGUGCUUUAAACUCGAAGCUCGUUUGGCUUUGCUCCCCGACUCCAGCAGCAGCCUGGCUUCUCAACACUGUGCUCACGCUCUAAAGCGAAGAACCUCGCGUGUUUUCGGCGUUCCGUGGCGGCGGGAAACUCGGUUCGUCGCCGUUCCCAGCACCGGUGACGAGUGACUUUACAAACCAAGUGCCUUCAGGUUAGAAGCCGAUCCGUCAGCCUGGCCAUCGACACCAAACGUCCAUGUUUCUAGCAUCUCCGAUGGGCUAUUUUAUACUCAUUUCUAUCGCCCCUCAAGUGCUGGAAUGCGCGACUGUGAGCAACUUCUGCUGGAGGACGAUGUCCGGACGAAUGUCACGCUCUCCAUCUCCGACUGUCACGCCAUUUAUAUCCAGAACAAUCUGCAUUCUGAGAGGACAAAAACGCUAAAUAUUCAUAAUUCUAAUAAUAUUUUAUUACUCUAUCCAGAAUGUGUCUCAGCUUUUACACACGGACCGUGGACGCCGUUGGCGGUAUCUACCUGAGCGCUCGGCCGGCCGCUUUUUAAAAAGAGUGUUGUAAAAAACAAAAAACAAAUGUGUUACGAAAAUGACUGUGUCUCGUUUCUUCUGAUUUACGUCGAAAUGUUCCGACUUUACUGUCUUUAUUUCUCGUCGUCUCCCUUUGCAUUGCUGAAAAUAUCAAAAACAGGCGGGAAAAACGCCGGUUCGGUAACUGUACAACUUGUAUAUGUAAAGAUACUCUGUUCAUUGAGAUUUAUAUGAGAUGUUUUAUGUACGAGUCGAAGGAAGCACAACAUUUAGGAUCCAGUCGUUUAGAAACGUAUAUGUGACCGUUCUCCUGCAAAGCCAGCGUGGAAAUGAAGAGACGCCGGAAGCUGGCUUGAAUUAAUCUGCACGUGAUGGGAAUAUUGGAUAAAAGCAAAACGCCUUUUCGGUUAUUGGGCCGGAAUCUACAUCUACGGCUGAUUAGUGAUAUCCCAAAGUCAUUUAAAGAAAGAGUUGACCCCAAAAUAAAACCCUCGGGAAGUGCGUCAUUGCAGUGGAUGCUCUGCAGUGAAUGGGUGCCGUCAGAAUGAGUUCAGGGUUAUGAGAUGAUAAAAAUGUGUCUCAGCGAUGGAAGUGAAUGGGUGCCGUCAGAAUGAGUUCAGGGUUAUGAGAUGAGAAAUGUGACUCUGUCUCAGCGAUGGAAGUGAAUGGGUGCCGUCAGAAUGAGUUCAGGGUUAUGAGAUGAGAAAUGUGUCUCAGCGAUGGAAGUGAAUGGGUGCCGUCAGAAUGAGUUCAGGGUUAUGAGAUGAGAAAUGUGACUCUGCAUCAGCGAUGGAAGUGAAUGGGUGCCGUCAGAAUGAGAGUUAAUAAAACAUCACAAUAAUCCACAGCGCUCCGGUCCAUCGGUUAACGUCUGGAGAAGACAAAAAAUGUAAAUUUCUUUAGAGCUGUGCAGAU